UAUGACGACAGCUCGUACGCCUUCAUGGUGGGGCUUGCCCCCCACUCCUCUCUUUCUAUUGGCAAGUCGGGACGUCAGUUAAGCGGGGCUUGAUCGGCGCGAAAGGCGCCACAGCAGCGUGGGUCCCGCGCCUUAAAGGGACAGGCACCAGCCAGGUGUCCCCGGCGGACAUGGCGGCUGCGGCGAGCGGUGGUCAGCGCACGGAUGAUCUGCACAAAACUCAUAACUCUGCAUCAGCCACAGAUGGACUUUCUCUAUCUUCAUUUAUAGAAUAUCCAAAGUACAAGCCAUUUAUUAAUGCAGAUUUGCUGCGCUCCCCACGGAAACCAGUAAUUCCAUAUCCUGAAAGCAACAGCAGAGCAAUAUUUUCUGCUCUGAAGAAUCUGCAGGAAAAAAUUCAUCGACUGGAGUUGGAACGGCUUCAGGCGGAGGAGAAUGUAAAACACCUCAGCAGAGAAACAGCUGACUACAAAAAAGUACUGAGUGAACAAAUGCAACACAAAGAGCAUGACAAGACUGAAGUGUCAAAGAAAAAUCAAGAACUGGCUUCUCAGCUGGCAGCUGCUGAGUCUCGUUGUAGCCUUUUAGAGAAACAGCUGGACUAUAUGAGAAGAAUGAUCCAGCAUGCAGAAAAUGAGAAGUCACAUCUCUUGGAAAAGCAGGGUUCGUUGGAGAGAGAUCGGCUUCUUGAUCAAUCGCAUGUUCAGUCUAAAUUGGAAAAGCUGGAUAUGCUGGAAAGAGAGUACAGCAGGCUUACCGUGAUGCAGUCCAUAGCAGAGAAAAAAAUGAAGGAGCUGGAACAGAAGCUUCAGGAGGAAGAACACGCAAGGAAGCUUGUUCAGGAAAAAGCAGCCGAGCUCCAGACAGGCCUGGAAACCAACAGACUACUGAUUCAAGCAGCAUCCCCAUUGCUCUCUCCAAAAGCAAGAAAACCCAGGAAAAAAACUAAGCAGCCAGAGAAGAAAUGCUCUCUUACAAGCCAUCUCACUACGCAGCCCCAUUACAGACUGUGUCUGGGCGAUGUACCCUUUGUAGCUGGGAAGUCUACCAGUCCCAGUCAUUCAGUUGGUGCCAACGUGCAACAUGUCCUACACCUGAUGAAACAACAUACGAAAGCUUUGUGUAACAGUCGUGUGGUAAAUGAUACUCCACUAGCAAAACCCGUUGGCACCGGUCAUCCUGCCAGCAAAAGCAGGAAGUCAUCUCUGCCAAAGGAAUCUUCUUCAUCCCAGGAAGAGCUCUCAGAAGUGCUGCUGACUUUACAAGAUGAAUUUGGGCAGAUGAGUUUUGAUCAUCAGCAGCUGUCAAAGCUUGUCCAGGAAGCCCCAACCAUUGCAGUGAGGGAAGAUCUGGAGAGGGAACUUGAGGCGCUGGUGGGAAAGAUGGAAGCAAAGGCAGACCAGAUCAGCAAAGUCCGGAGGCAUCGGUUGCAGCUAGAGAGACUUAAGAGAGAAUGCAAGUCCAAAAAGACUUCUGCUAAACAAAUAAGAGACAGCAAGUUCCCUGUUAGUGAGGUGAAAGUAACAACUACAGUAACCACGAAAGGAAAGAACGCUGGUCCCAUCAAAGUGAAACCUGGAGAGAAGAGUCGGAAAAAUCUUCAGUUGUUGAGAGACAUGCAGACCAUACAGACUUCGCUACAGAAAGAUGACAUCAGCUGGGACUACUGACUGUUCUGCAGGAAAUGUUCUUGAUACCAUCCUGGUCAAAAUCCCUCACAUUCUGGACAUAAAAUAGCUGCAUUUCUUGCUGUGUGAAAGAGACUACUGUAUGCAAAGUGCACUUUUGAAGUAUGGGCCCUGAAUUCUCUGUCCCUGGGUUGGAUUGAUUGUGUAUAUUAUGGUCUAGUUUAAAACACAUUCUGUUUUUAAGGUACCCAGCCACUGCAUCCGAACGUAGGUCUCCACCAGUCCCUUCCGUGUUUGGUUCCAGCAGUCCCUCCAUUUUCUUUCAGCACACCAAGCACCACACGGUUUUGCGGGCUGGCUUGCGUGAAAUGCCAGUGUGAUUUCAUGCUGUUGUUGAACUGUGCCUUGGGAGGCGUCUCAGGAUGCAGCUUGUUGAAAAUGAUGCUGUGACCCUGAGUCUUAAGGGCGUCUGUCAGUUCUGUUCUGCCUGCAGCCGCGACUACUCAAACUCUGAGAGCAUCUAAGGGAGAACGGGGAAACCUGUUCAAGGUGUUCUGUGGGGCUCUCCUCCAAAAGCUUUCCUAGUUCUUGCGCUGCUGCAUUGUGUUAGGCAGCAUUAACGGCAGUGGAUGUUUGAGUACUCAAAAGAAGCAAAGUAACUUUUCUGAAUUAUUUUGCUUGAUCAGUGAUUGAAUGCUUUUCAAGGUUGAAGAAAUCCUACUGUAUGGAAAAGCUAUAGGAUAGGGAUAUAGGAUAUCCUGCCUCCUUGCCCACAGCUUUGGGUGGUAAGGGAGUGAGAUAAACCACAAGUGUUUUAAACUGCAAGUGCCUCAAUCAUGCCAUUCAGUCCUGGCAACUUGCUUUUAACUUGAAAUAUGUGCUUUGAUGAGCUAUCCACUUCGGUAGUGGUGCAAUUCAUUUUGCACUGACUUGCACAGCUGAGGAAAUGUUAUUUAUUAUGUUAAUAAUGUAAAGAAUUUCCUAUUAAUGGAAUGUACAGAAGGCCCAGAUUACCUGAUUAUACAGUUGAAAAUAAUAAAGCCAGCUUGCCUGUUGAUGGAAUUGUGGGAAAGCUGCACUUCCUCUAACUGAGCUCAGUGUUUGCAGCACUGUGCCCCCUCCAGGCUGCUCUCUGUCUCCCCGCUCAGGGUGUGACUGCGAGCCCCUUGCAAGCUGCAGGCACGGAGAGGCUCAGAGUGGUGCGCCCUUGCCUGUGGCUGAGCGGGUGGGGAACUGUAGGGUCAACACAGGGAGAAGGGAUUUGAGUUUUAAUUAUCUGUAGGUGAUCCACCCUCCUUGCAUCCAAGGCACAGCAGAUUUUAGCUGUGUGGGGAGAAGGCAGAAGCUGUUAAGCAGGCCUGGAGCCAUCCCCCUUAACUUUGUUUGUGUUGGAGACACAGGUCACUGGAGCGACCACGCAGAGCGCAGUUCAUCCCAGAGGUGCCUAAAGAUCAGUAGCUGAAGCUACACUCAGUAACUUCUCUUGGGAAGGACCUCUGGGGAUCAGCUUGCUCUGAGAUGGGUCAGCUUCAGUAUUGCCGCAGGCUGUCUUAGAUGAGCUGGAGAUGCAGCUCCUUACCGAUGGGGGGCUUAGGAGUGUUUUGGGCUCCAUAUGCACUGCAUCCUGUAGGAAUGAGGUGCCCAAGUUGGAGUUAAGCCUAUUAGAAGUGAGAGCAUCAAGGAGCAGGCAUUGAGUUAAUCCCAUAUCAUCCCAGUGAAUUUGGGUUUAGCAUGACUUACACAGGAAAAUGUGAAUCCUCUUACACAGAAGUUACUGUGCUAGCACGCUCUGAAGUGCAGAAAUUGUUUGAUUUUAAUUGUGAGAGUAUUUUUGUAAUAUCAGGCAGCUAAGCACUGCGUCUGUAUUCAUACUGGUCUGAAUAGAUUAACAGAAACUUGUCCAAA